AUGUCGUCGCAGCCCUCUUCGCAAGCUCUGCAACGAGUCAAGUUCGAACCUGACAUCUUGGAUCCACCCGCAGCUGUUGACACAGGCCCCGGCUCUCCUCUCUCGCCUGAGGACUCUGCAGCCAUCCAUAAAGUCUCCAAUAGCGACGACGAGGACACAACUGCGCAAGCAUGUAUCAACAUCAACAUCAACAAGGGUAGUGCAAGACAGCUAUCGCGCGGACCGCCAUCAGCCAAGCAUCAACAUCUCUCAGGUGGAACGAGACCUGUAGCUGCUUACAAUAGUGCCCUAGCAGCUUGUCCAGCUUAUAUAUCGAGAGCGAAAAGCAGAGAAGACGGGUCGCUACAGCACAGGUCCUCAUACGCUGGCGGCCAGCAUGAGCAGAGAACACAUUCGUCACCACUCGAAGGAUCUUCUGGGUCAAUCCCACCUAGGGGUGUCCACACGUAUGCACCAAACGACAGACAAGCGGCUACGCUCUCGCAGUGGCCUUCGAAAUUGCCUCAGGGACUUUUUCCAAAUCAUCUCGAUUUCGCUACGCUGAAUGCUCCGGAUAGAGGGCGAAUGCCACCAAGGCACCCGGCCAUGCUUUCUCAGCACAUGGUCCAGCCAUCACACCAGACUAGCUCUGCGUUGCUAUCCUACAAAGAAGCAAUGAGGAGAUUGCAGCAGAUUCCUCAGUCAGCAUUACAUACCGGCAUUAUGCCUCCAUCUACAAACCUUGCGGGAACGCAAACCCAGAGUGACCGGCUGAGCGCUGUUACUGGCGUCAUGAUUUCAUCUUCCUCUGUCGCAGAUAAGGAGAACCGGAGGCCCUUGAACAUGGAAAAUGGGUCUUUCACAGGGCUAUCGGAAAUUGUGGAAGCGCGGGAAUACGUACAGAUCCUUCCCACCUCAGGCAAACACCCUGCAACAUCUCCGCAUAUGGACGCAACGAAGCGUCCCAAGAAGUACUCUGGUUUUCGACCGGGGUGUAUCAAUCUGCAGUAUCAGACCAUCAAAGUCAUCAACAUGCCCACUCGAGGGGACUUGCUUCCAGGACAGGAAGUGCCCGAGCCAACGCCCGACAACCUACCGUAUGGGGAUACAGAAGAUUACCAGAGCUCCAUGCUGAUAUACUGGCUUGACGAACAAGAGCUCUCGUACCGAGAGAGUAUCGAACUAUGCAAGCAGAGGUUUCCUGCCGAGACUUCCAACUACGACACAAUUCGAAGGCGCCACCAGGGCUCCCUGCAGCGUCUGGCGAAAAAGUAUGGUCUGAAACCCACUAGCGAGAUCACCAAGCCAGGCUUCAAAGUUCUACGUCGUGGCUUGCUCGCUGGCACUAAGUAUAAUAGGAUCGGUGGUAAGGCCUUUGAGCCUACGAAGGCUACGCACGUGGCAGAAAAUCUUCUUGGUGAGACCACUACUGCUGCUGAACAGCACGCAAGCACCACAUCCUUAUUGUGGAUACAGUCACAGUCACAGUCACAGGCACAGUCACAGUCACAGUCACAGGCUCAGGCCAACAGAGGCUCAAAGGGGCACAUUCGUAGCAAUAGGCUCACUCAGCCGUUAGCAACUCGAGGGCUCCUGCUGGCGUGCAUCGUUGUCUGGAAGGAUACUGAGGGUGCGAGUUUUGAACAGAUUCAGAAGCGGUUGGCGGAUGAAUUUAAGUGGGAGUUGAGUACCGCGACAAUCCGGAAAGUGUACUACGCGGAGCGUCCACGAGUGUACGACGUGCGCCGUAACACUGGAAACGAUGCUCAAGUAGACCUGGAGGCCAAAGCAAGUGCCCUGGGUACGAGUGAGCCUGGAGAAGACACGACUGGAGAAGACGCAAGCUUUGGUUUGGCUGGGACUAAAGUCACCCCUGAACACUUUCUGUAUUUGCCUACCACUGGCGUUAAUUCGGUGCGAGGCACGUUUCGGACCCAGUUAGUACAAGUAAGAGUAAUUGCCGUUGAAUUUAGGGUACAUAAGGUUAAAUCUUAUAAUGGUUCAUGGUGUUAG